AUGCAUAGGAGUCAGCAAGGGAGAUUUGUGAGUAGCAGUCAAGUGAGUCAGCCUUCCACCAGCUCAGCAGAGACAUGGGUAGUGCAGCAGCCGAUGCCAGGUGGUCCUGAGGAUGGGAUCAUGUUUAGGCGUUUUGACUGGCCGUUGAUUUCUGCGUUUGUUAAGAGAUGGCAGCCAGAUACGAACACCUUUCAUAUGCCAUUUAGGGAGAUCACAAUCAUGAUGCACAAUGUGUACCAUAUUCUUGGGCUUCGUGUUGAUGGUUCCAUGGUUUCCACUACUCCUAGCACGGACGUCAUACGAGACGCGUGCCAAGUUACCCUGGACAUGACUACGGAAGAGUUGAACGAGAAGUGUGGUACGAAGACCAUUUGGCAGGGUAGUGGGGAGUUGACCGAGAGGAUUAUGGACUCGACCUUGGAAGAGCAGAGGCCCUUUAGUGUCCAUUAUAGUGCCUACAUGUGGUUAGUACUGGGCGGAUGUCUGUUUUUGGACAAUAGUGGUAACUGCACUCAUCAUUCCUUCCUCAACGAGCUUGUUAUUGAGGAGCUGCAAAGUAGUGACUACUCUUGGGGUUCAGCUACUCUGGCAUAUCUGUAUCGCCAGUUGGGUACGGCUUCAAGAAAAGAUGCUGAUUCAAUCGCUGGUUGUCUCACGCUUCUGCAGGCGUGGAUCUACGAGUACUUUCCGUGCUUUCGGCCUCAGCAGGGAACCUUGACGAGGGAGCUUAGUAUUCCUCGUGCGUGUGCUUGGGAUGUGGGAUCGGGAUGCCCGAACAAGAGCAUGGAGCGCCUCCUCGCUGUUUGUGCUCAAUUGGAUCAGCUGACCGACAAUGAGGAGAUUCUGUGGACCAUUAUCAGGCCUGAGAAGGCCAAGAGACCGACGAACCUAAAGAUGUAUCAGGUUGACUUUCCGACCGAGAUAACAUCUGUGAUGUGGACUCGGUUUGUCCCUGGCUCGUCUUUCAGUAUUGUUUUAGGUGCCCUCACCAGACUCGGUGGUGGAGGUGCUACGGUCGCUCUUGGUUACAUGCAGUGGCUGUACCGAUUUUCUCAUCCUCGUCUUUCUCCUGGUGGGUCAUCAGAUGGGAGUAGCAGACUUCCCGAGAGGACUAACACGGACUAUUGGAUGGGUCGGUCCUUGGAGAUUCACCGGAGAUCACUGGAUGAGUAUCCCAGCAUGACGCGUGAAACGAGGGCAAUGAUUAAGCAGCUGAUAGCUGACUGGAAGGCGAUGAUAGGGUUGUGA